AUGGAUACCCUUCGGAACACCGUGCGUCGUGUCUCGAAGCGUCUUCUCAACAAGAAGACCGAAGCCGAAAAGGCAUCCAAAGAGAAGCAGAAUGAAGCUGCUACCCAGUACGUUGACCCCGACAAGUUAGGGCAUGGAGCGCGUGGCACUAACCCUACUAGACCCCUUCCGCCUGCCCCUACGGGGUCCACUCAGUCCGAACGCCGCCAGGGCUCUUCUCAACCCGCGAAACGACGGAAGCUUCAGAAGAAGCCCCCGGGCACUUCGAAGCCCCCCACCACCCCAUAUCGGACAAUGAGACCGAUCGGGGAAUACCCAUCGACCGCGGAGUACAGAGCUGCUGGCGUUGCUCCUCCGUCUGAACAGGCGCAACGCGUCGCGACCGUGCCGACCACCGUCCCGCGCCAUGAAGCUGAGCGCCUUUCCCCCGUCAGCGGGGUUGAGUACCUGAUGGCCGAUAAUGGUCAUGCUGAGAUCGCCGAAGAAGCAGCACUUCCUUCAAACUCGACUGCAGUCGAAAGCCUGGCCGAUGAAGCCAUUCACUCCUCUACCACCCCGGCCGCUGCGGCCACUCCUACCCCCCAAAGCGCGGACGAUGACGAUGAAACCAACGAGUACCUCGACGUGCUGAAGACACUUCCUUUCCGCCCCUCAGAAAAAUAUGACAUGCUCAAACUCCGGGCUGUCAUCAAGUUCGCCAUAGUCAACUCAAUGAAUAACGGGCACCCUGAUUCUGCCCAGUCCCUGCUUUACUUCUGGUUCAAUGCCGUGGAUGAUGAAUUCCGACUCUCUCUGAUCGCCAACGUCGCCAAAGGCGAAGGGCGAAACGAGCAAGUGGCGCUUGCCCUCAUGUCCGCCAUUGAGAAUGACAUACCAGAGGCCAAGCAGUGGUAUCAGAAAUACGUUCGCGCUACAACUAACGCAGCCGAACUUCCCUCCUGCAGCGGAUCAAGCGUGCCACCUGCAGAUUCUGUUAAUGCAGAGCCCAGCUUCAAGGUCUCUGACAUUUAUCGCGACACAAGUGGUCCUCGGGUUGAGGAAAACUUCCUGAGCGGCAAAUCGAAUACCGCUCCACUCAAGAGGCCCAAGAAGCCCUGCCGAGUCAAUGAGAACGCUUACAAGCGUAAGCGCAUGUGGGAGAUGGAUCCUGAUCACGAUGAAAAGAUGCGGGCUGUACGUGCUCGUCUCCAGGCUGAAUCUUGCUCGGAAACAGUUGUUCAGUACAGUGCAAUUCGCUCUACAAUUGGUAUGGGUCCACCAGAUGCCAUCCAACACCCAUACAAUAUGGACAAUAUCAACGCCGGUAUCGAUGGAGACAUCGACGCGGUCAAUCGUUCGCGUUCCCUUCCUGCCACAGGUUCUAUCCUCGAUCUACCUCUUGUCAAAGGUCCGGAACCCGAAGCUCCAUCUGUCUAUUCACCACCCGCUUCACUUAUCGCUCGCAAGACCGGCAAGCCCGUCUCGCGACGUCAGAAAGCAAAGGCCAAAGCCCCUGACAUCCCACAGCGUGCACGGUCGCUCUCUGUUGAUACCACAGUCUCGAGUCUUUCUUCACUCUCGAAUUCUGCUUACUCGGUCCGAUUCAACGACUGGUCUGGCAGCCACGGACCACGCCAAAUGCCGAAUUCUAUUGAGCCCCCUCCCGAUAACAGUGACGAUUGCCACCAAUGUGGAAAAGGUGGCGAUUUACUCUGCUGUGACACAUGCAUUAAUUCUUACCAUUUCGAAUGCUUGGAUCCUCCCUUGGAUCCCAAGAAUCCUCCACAGGGAGAGUGGCAUUGCCCCAAGUGUACCAUUCGCAACAGUUUCACGACUUUGAUUGCACACUCGAAACAUUACAAGAAGACCGAGUUCCAACUCCCACAGGAUAUCAAAGAACAUUUCCAAGGAGUUGAUGAAGGAAUUGUGUUUGAUGGCGACUAUGCCCGAAACCCGAAGCAUCAACGCUACUACAAGUCCGCGCCCCACCUGCCGCGGCUGACUAAAGCACCCAAGCAGGACGGCCCUACCAUUUACGCGAAUUCCAUGUAUCUCCGAGAAUACGACAACAAGGGAGACUGCAUCCGCUGCUCCAAGUGUGGUUUUACAUCCCAAGGUACACGUCCUAUUAUUACUUGCGACUACUGUCCCUGUCGCUUUCAUCUGGAUUGUCUUAAUCCUCCCCGCGCACAUCCCCCUAACCCAAAGGUCGGGUGGAUGUGUCCUAAUCAUGUUACGCCUGACGAUAUGAUUGCCACCAAGGAGCUUAAUGGCAACGAGCGUGUUCGUCGUGUGCGCCGACCCAAGAACAUGGCGUCCAUUGAUUGUGACAUCAUGCUUCCUGACGACCCAAAUCAGAGUUUGUUUGACGAGGACUGGAGAGAGAAAAGAGCCCGCUUCCUUGGAGGUGAUGUGGUCUUGAACUUUAUCACUGCUGUCAAAGAAGAUCACCAUGAACGUGAAAUCAAAUAUGCCGAAGCUGUUGAGAAAAAGUGCUUGGAGUUGACCAAGCAACUCACCAAUGAGUACCUCAACCGUGCUGAAUCUGCCGGGAUCACCACCAACAUCGCACAAAAUGGUCCUCCCGCAGAUCUCACCCAGAAUGUUUCUGACGCUGUUAACAACAUGAUCGCCAGCGCUCCUGCUUCCGCUGAAGACUUUGACGCUGCUCUUGCUCUCCUUGGCAUGGCUUCAGGACAGCCUGCUCCUGCUCCUGCCCCUGCUUCUGUUUCUGUUUCUGCUCCUGUUCCUGCUCCCGUUUCUGCUCCCACUAUUGGCGAAGGUCACAUCGCCGAGGCUGCCGGGCUUACCUCGCCCUUUGCUAAGAAGCCUCUCUCUCGCAUUGACGAGGAAUCCACCUUGGGUUCCUCUCAUGCUGCCGGCUCUCCCGAGGCUGGCUCCUCGGAGUCGCACCAUUCCGACUCCGAGCUUCUCCCCCGGAUCCCUGUGUUCAACCGCAAGCGAUCCCGCGCCGAUGACCAGGGAUCUGGGGGAGAACGGGCGCAAAAGCGCCAAUACACCAAGUCCAAGUGA